AUGGCUUCCUCUCAUUUGAAUGUCCAGCCUUCUUUCCAUGCUCGUUCUAACAGCUUGCCUUCAAGGCAGCACCCCAUCACUUCACAAAUUGAUGAAAAUCUGAACCGACUGAGGGCGUCUCAGUCGGCCUCCACAUCGUCAUCGAUAGGACAUCAACUCAACUGUCUUCAAGAUUUGUAUGACUCUGUUGAUAUGUUGCUUCAAUUGUCCCUUGCUCAACAAGCUCUAGCUCAAGAGCAGCAAAGGAAAUUGGUCGAACAACUUUUGGAUGGAUCUCUCGUUCUCCUGGAUGUAUGCAGAACCGCUAAAGAUGCCUUGUCGCAAACAAAGGAAUGCACACAAGAACUUCAAUCAAUUUUGCGCCGAAGAUGGAGUGUCGAAGGGUUUGUUAAUGAGGUUAGGAAAUACUUAACCUCUAGGAAGGCAGUGAGAAAGGCAAUCUGCAAAGCCUUGAAGAACUUGAAGCAUAUGGAGAAUAAACUUAGCAGCUCUUCCUUCAGCAAAGAUGGUGAGAGAGGAGCCGUGAUUAACACCUUAAAACAAGUAGAAGCAGUAACUGUUAGCGUGCUAGAGUCCUUGUUGUCCUUUAUUUCAGGGCCAGGGACUGAAUCGAAAUUGAGCCGAUGGUCACUAGUUUCAAAGUUCAUGCACCAGAAAAGAGUCAUGUGCGAGGAAAAAGAGCAACAGGCAAAUGAAAUUGUGAAGGCUGAAGCUACAUUGUGUUCCUUUAUUAAAUCUGGAAAUAUGAAGCAUGUUGAGAAUGCGCAAAAUGAGCUCCAAAACUCAGAGAUGUGCAUCCAAGAUCUCGAUCAUGGUCUUGAAAGUUUCUUCAGGAGGUUGAUCAAAGCUAGAGUCACUGUUCUAAACAUCCUCAGCUGUUGA